GCCAUCGUAAACCCUUCAUACACACACAUUCAAAUAGCGGCCGUUUACAUAAUGUCAACUAGACAUUCCUAAAGGGCUCUAGCUCCACCCAUUUCCGGACGUGUUGUCUCUGCACCGUCCGUAUGCGCUAGUAGGUCAAGGACCUAAGCUAUUGUGAGCGUAUUCCGCUUCCGGCUAGGUAUAUUUCUGCUGGACCCUGAGCUACCCAGAAGUGUCGCCAAAGCGGGCAACUUCGGGGACUGAUGGGCCGAUUCCCGUACCACCCAUCGGUCCCCUACCUACCACAUCCACUGCUACAACUCCCCUCAUUCGCCCUAUUCACCUAAAACGUUCCCUAUGGUGUUUUUGCGGAUUUCGACCAGGUUCGGACAGCUCGCGACAAGUUCCCACUAGUCCCUACGGUCUCACGUCCCCAAAUGAGCCUUCGCACCGCCCCCCACCUCUGCCGGCGGCGGCGUCGGCGACGGCGGUCGAACCGAGAACGUCGUCAGCUACCAUUCAAGCGAUGCCCGACGAUGAGCCGGACCCUUCUAAAGCUGUUCUGCUAAAUUUGGAUAUUCCUAAAGUUUCCAAUCGAUUGCGAAAGCUGUCACAAGCGUUCUUCAACGCACAACAUGGUGAUCAAGUCGAUCUUAUGAACGACUGGGAAAUUGGCGGAACGCAGAACAAAUGGGUUUGCCCAAGUGAUCGACAUUUGCAGCUUAGAGCACAGCUAAAGUCAGGAUGGUCAGUACGAACGGCGACCGCACGAUCGCCAACGAAUUCGAAAGGAAAUACCGGUAUCACCGAAGCCGAGCAAGAACAUAUCAAACAGGUGCUGGCCAAAGCGGAAGCAAGCCGAAUGAAAGAGCAGCAACGAUUAGGGAAAAUGGUCGAUCGACUUGAGAAAAUGCGACGUCGUGCCACUGGUAACGGCGUGACUCACUGCCUUCUCUGUCAUACAGAAUUUGGUUUGUUAGCCUCGAAAAGCUAUGCUGCCAUGUGUGUGGAUUGCAGAAAGUAUGUCUGCCAACGAAACUGUGGUGUGGAAACGCUCGACAGUCAACGUGGAGAAGUGGUGUUCUUGUGCAAAAUUUGCUCGGAGGCCAGAGAGGUGUUAUGGAAAAAAUCUGGAGCGUGGUUCUACAAAGAAAUGCCAGACUUUGUGCGCCCAGAGGCAAUGCCCGCAAAUGGAUCCAUCGUCUCUCCCGCGCAAAAUAAGCCUUCUUGGGGUUCGUUGGCAGGACCAUCGGCUCCCAUCCCCGCUGGUAGAAGAUGUUUACCUCCGACUCCGAAUGAAAGGACGAAAUCACCAAGACCACGAAUUCAGCCCUCAUGGGUGAAGGAGAAGGUGAUGUCGUCAAUGUCUGUGGAUGAGGAGGAUAGGAGCUCGUCCGAAAGCGAAUUUGCUCAAUCCGGUGUUGUCAGGCGUAGCCACAAAUCGACUAUGGCAUCACGACGAGAGGAAAAUCUUGCUCGAUUUGCACUUCACGCCACUCACAUUAGCGAUAGUGAAGAAGAAUCAUCGCCAGAAUCGCGAGCAUCGACGAGGUCUACGUCACCACGUCGGUCACUGGCCACUCCUUCUUCGUAUGAUUCCACACAUAAUCAAACUGUUCAACCUACACAUCCCGAAGAUGCUAGAAGUAUUGACAGCGGAGUGGUACAAUCGGACCAUUCAAAUCCGCAGCAAGCGUUGACGCUCUCCGUCUCAUCACUGGCGCCAUUCUCAUCUAGCACAACGAAUAGCGAUGCACCCCCGACGAGAAGAAUCAGCCAGACAGAGUUCCCAAUAAUGGAGACGCGAGUCGCGCAAUCUGCAUCUAGAAGCUCAUUAGCUUUGACGACACCGCCUCCCAUCCCACCUCGAGUGAGUCCUGCGCCUACAGAAUCGCGCGCAAGUCCUGCUCCUUCGGUUGAAGCGAUGUCGAGAAAGAUUAGCAUAAGUUCCGCAGCUAGUACAAAACGUGCCGGAACUUCAAAUGACAGCAUGAACGCUAUUGAAAGUGCCAAGCCACAGCCACCUCCACGGACGGAAUCACCGACCGCUUCAUUUAUGAGCUCGCCAGAUGAUGAUUCAAAGUCACGCACGCGUCGUCGUGCAAUCGUCACUCGUUUCAACUCAGCCAAACCACAUCUAACCGCACAAGAGUCCGUACCCGAAGAGAACACACCGCCAACGGUGGCGAUGUCCCAGAGCACACCGGACGAUUUGGCCCUGGAAGCAAUGGCGGCCACAGCAGCCACAGCCACAGCCGAACCCGGUUCGCCUCCUGUUCGACGAAGCAUGCGAAUGUUUCUACUUUCCUGCUUGCUUCCCGCACGUGAUCGUACUCUUGGAUCCAUCCAGUUUACUGUAUACUACAAUCAACAAGAAAAGAAGCUUACAAUUCAUCUUAUUAGAGCUAAGAAUCUAAAGGCGAUGGACAGCAAUGGAUUUUCUGAUCCCUAUGUGAAAUUGCACCUGCUCCCAGGAAAUGCUAAAGCAACCAAAUUGACCUCAAAAACAAUUGAGAAGACCUUGAAUCCCGAGUGGAAUGAAGAGUUGCACUAUUAUGGUGUCACUGAGGAAGACAAGCAAAGAAAAACAUUGAGGAUAACUGUUCUUGAUCGUGAUCGAAUCGGAUCAGAUUUUCUUGGUGAGACGCGGAUUGCCUUAAAGAAACUGCCAAUGAACACUUUGAAAAAGUUCAACCUCUACCUGGAGCAUGCCAUUCCGGUGCAGCAAACUCGCCAAGAAGAAGAAUCCACUCGGGGGAAGAUUCUUGUUGGUUUGCAAUACAAUAUUCAGCAAGGGUCACUUUUUGUCACAAUCAAGCGAUGUGCUGAAUUGUUAGGCAUGGAUUCAACAGGAUUUUCGGAUCCUUAUUGCAAAGUCUCACUUACGCCUGUUACUUCCAAGAAUCAUCGUCUGAGAACCUCCAUCAAGAAAAGAACCCUCAAUCCAGAGUUCAACGAGACACUCACAUUCAUCGUCCCAUUCAAGGACUUGCCUAAGAAGACAUUGCAAAUCGGUGUGUAUGACCAUGAUUUGGGGAAACACGAUGACUAUAUAGGUGGGAUUGUCCUAUCGGCAUCUGCCAAAGACGAUCGAGGCAAGCAAUGGAUCAAUUGCAUCGAAAACCCUGGCCGAACGUUCGAAGUAUGGCAUCAUCUUGAGUUGGAUAGCUAGUGUGUCUUCGUCUAUCGCCUUCUAUUUCAAGUUCCUUCCAGUCUUCCAUACAAUCCCAAUCCUCAUGGGAUCUUUCCUUUAUUCAAGUUCAUCUUCUAUGCUCAUAAGUAGAUAAAGAUUACAUUAACUCUGGUUUCUUCCUUUUUACAACAGUCAAUUUUGAUGUCACAUGUUGGCUGAGGCGCUCCUUAUAAUGUUCACUUCUCGGGUUUCAAAUUUAUCGUCAUCGGCCAUGUGGUCAUUUUAUCUGUGUUAGCGUAGUAAUUUUCGUGUAGUGUUUUCUGGAAAUGUUCAUAUCGCUCUACAAGCUAAUUGAGUUUGUAUAUCAUUUAUUUGAUCAAUAGAUGGAAUACUGGUGUUUUCUAAUACGGCGUUAACAUUCCCAAACUAUUAUCCAAUGUAAUGCGU